AUGAAAUUAAAUGAGUAUUUAUAGGCUAACAUGGAACCCUACAAACCGCUAUUGCUGAAUGAUAGAAAUGAAAAAGGAAUAUCGAAUGGAAAUUACAUGAAGCUUAUGAAGAUGAAUGCAUCCAGAUUAAUUUCUAAGUCUGUUGAGUCUCCACUCCAUCCUUUAACAACAAGGCCAACCGUAGAAAUUGUUAAGAAUUCCUAUAAUCUUCCCCAAAUCUAACAUUUGGUUGUUGAGAAUCAAGUUUUACAAGCAAAAUUAAAAGAAGAACAAAAUAAAGCUUAGCUUGCGACUAAUAAAUAUCUGUAUUUGUAAAUGAUGUACAAGAAAAUGGAAUAUGAACAGCUUAUCAAGAAUGAGUAGUAGAAACCAUAAUUACCCAUCAUUGAUACAUAAAGAGAAUUUAACAUAAGCACCAAAAAUAAGUACCCAAAUCAAGAACAAUUAACUGAAAGAAUCGGGGAAUCAAGAGGGUAUAUUAGAAAUAGAAUCAAAUCUCUUGCUCAACAAGUAAAAGAAGAAACACCUAAAGUUUAUAAAGUUAAAUAUUAUUAAAAUAAGAAAGUCUUGACACCGGAAGAAGUAGCAGCAGAAGUUUAAAAAAUGAAGGAAAAGCAAAGGAUUGAAGAUGAAAAGGAAAAGAGAAUGUAAAAUUUAUGGUAGAAAUUCUUAAGAUGUCAUCUUAUAAUCAAAAUUGUACUUAGAUGGUCAGAAAAUAUUAGAAUCAAACGAAAGGAGAAGGAGACAAAAGUACAAGAAUAAAAUAAAAAAGCUAAAAUGUUAUUUAAAGAAAUCAAGAAAUACACUCAGCUCUAAUCCUAAGAUAUAAUCAAAAAUUGGGUGAGCAAAAUCACUCUUCGUAUCUAUCAAGGAAUGAUUGGAGAAGAAAUGAAAAAAGUAUUCUCUUAAAAUUUUAAUCCAAAUUAAAUAGAAAAUUAAGAAAUUUAAAAAAAAUGGUUAAUCUACUUUCUUAUCUUAUUUUUCAAAAAUGUUGAAUAGCAUACAAGAUAAGAAUCAAUGCCAGAUUUCUUGUGUUUCAUGAUGACACUUCAAUUAUAUUAUUAUUAGAAUAAGACUGCCUCUUUAUUUUUAGUUAAAAGAACUACUUAUUUAAAUGGGAAUGUAUUUUAAUUAUCAGAAAAGGAGAUUCAAAUGAUUACAAGUGAAUUUAUACUAUUCUCUGUAAUAAUUCCAGAAAUUAUAAAUUAAGAUCAAAAGCAAAAAUAAAUAUUUUUGCAUAUAUUUAGUUUAUUGUAAAUACUUUUUAUUAGUACAUUCUGUGAAUUGCCUGAAAUUAAAUAGACAAAUAAAAUAAAAAUCUUGUAAAAACGAAUCAUUUAAAAUUAAUAAACCAUGGAAUUCAAGUUCGAAUAAGAUGAUUAGAUUGACUUAAGCUAAGCAAUUGUAGUCGGAUUAGAAAAAAAACAAAGAUAUGAGAAAUUAUAUAAAUAAAACACUGAAGCUUUAGAUGAUUUGAAAAGAUUUUUAGAAAUUAUAUUGGAAAAUAUAAGUGGAAAUGCAUAUAUUUGA